UUAAAACUAGCAUAAUUAACAUAGUUAACAUGCCAAACAAACCAAGGGAUCAUUUCUCUUCAAGAAAACUUAUUUGUGUUUGCUGUGGUGAUAAGAAUUUAAAAUGCAUUGAACUGGUAACUGGAAAUCCUUUACUAAUCUUGAUUCAACUGUAUGCCAACACUAACUAUAAUAUGACACUUCUUUCCAACCCUAUUGGAUUAUGUCCAACCUGCAAGAUUUAUUUGUACUCAGCUAAAAAAGGAGAAACUUUAUCACUAGUUACUUUGGAGAGGUGGUUGCUCACAUCAGAGAGAAUAAAGUUACUUCCGAGAUUUAAAGAUAUAAAUAUAGGUGAGACAGUGUCAACAUGUGAUUGCCUGCUCUGUAUCAUGUCAAGAGAUAAAUCCAAAUCUAUAAACCUUCAGGAUGUAUUAAACAUGUACAUUAAUGACCCUGAAGUACCAAAGGAGGUCAUAGAUAAAAUUUGUUGUACUUGUUAUCAAAGAAUUGGAUCUGGAAUUCAACAUCCCUGUAAUAAGAGAGACAUUGUACAGAACCUAAAAACACUGCUAAUGUCAACAGGUUUAAAAACAGUUGAGCAAGUACUUAGCAAAUCUCUGAAAGAAAUUCAACAAUUUAAAAACAUUGAGUUAGAUAACACUGUUACUUUGUCGACUGGAGGAACUCCUUUAAGUCUUCAGAUAGGGAAAAAGCCAACCCUUAAAACUAUCUCUACCCAAACUUUCUAUAAUAUCAAAAGAAAGCAUGAUAUGUCAGACUAUACUAUUGAUUCAAUAGCAAUGGAAUUAAGAAAAUAUUUGGGUAGAUUAGGUGUGGAAUCUAAUUCUUCCAAAUAAAUUAAGAUAAUGUCACAUGCCUUAAAUAACUAUUACUCAGUGGAAAAAGUGGAAUUUCUAUCCAAAAAUAAAGUUAAAGAAAAUAAAACUAUUGAAACUGUCAUUAAAGAUCUAGUGUAUGUCAAAGAUCCAGUAUCUCUAGUUAAUCAUGUUUGCAUUGCUAGGGGGCUAGAAGUCGAAAACGUUAUUAUUCGUAUAGGAAUAGAUAGUGGCCAAGGAUCUUUAAAAGUUAUUAUGAAUGUUUUUAACAGAGAAGUAAAUUAUGACUCCAAAGAAACCAAGAAUACUGGAGUGAACAAAGUUAUAAUAUUGGCUUUUGCCAAAAAUGUUUGCGAAAGCCACACAAAUCUUCAAAUUCUGAUAGAAAAAACAAAGCUAAGCAAUUUAAAGUUUUACCUUGCUGCAGAUCUUAAAUUAUGCAACAUAGUUUUGGGUUUGUCAGGACAUGGGGGAAAAUAUUCGUGUUUAUUUUGUGAUGGUGAUAAAACUAAUCUUGGAGAACUGAGAACCUUUAAUAUGCUUAAGAACACGUAUAAAAACUUUGCUGAAAGUGGAUUUAAAAAAAGCUCCAUGCAACUCUAUAAGAAUGUUAUACAUCCAUGUCUCCUGGUUGAGUCUGGAGAGAUGUAUGUGCUUGAUGGCAUCCCUCCUCCAGAACUUCAUUUAAUGAUGAAGAUUAUAACAGAAAUUUCAAAUGUCUUCUAUAAGGAACCUGAUGUUGCUCUUUGGUUAAAAAAGCAUGGAAUUAUUUGGCAUGGGUAUAAUGGAGGUGGACUGGAUGGUAGAAAUGCUAACAAAAUACGAAAGCUUUUGCCAGAUUUGGAAAAAAUUAUCUUAGAUAACUUUACUUC